GAGGUGACGGCGGCGUCCCCGGAAGCGGCGGGAGGAGGAGGAGUAGCAGGAGGAGGAAGAAGAAGAGGAGGAGGAGGAGGCGGGUGUCCGGGCAGCGGCCUCCCCCGGCCCGUAGCCCCCCGUCAGGGCAGGAGGAUGGUGCAGAGCCCGCCCCGCCGCCGCCGCUGAGCUCCGGGCCUCCGCCCGCCCGGCCCGGGGGCCGCUUCUUCCUCACCCCGACCCCUCCGGGCGCCGGUGAACAAUCAGAAUAAUGUUCAACAUAAACCUGUUGGAGAACCUGAAGGUUUACGUCAGCAGCCGACCUCCCCUUGUGGUCUUUAUGAUCAGCGUAAGCGCUAUGGCAAUAGCUUUUCUGACACUGGGCUAUUUCUUUAAAAUCAAGGAGAUCAAGUCACCAGAGAUGACAGAGGACUGGAAUACUUUCCUCCUGAGGUUUAAUGAUUUGGACUUCUGUAUAUCUGAGAAUGAAACCUUAAAACAUCUCAUCAAUGAUACCACAACUCCAGAAAGUACCGUGACAAGUGGCCAGGCGAGAUCUUCUACACAGUCUCCACAGACUCUUGAGGACUCUGGUCCUAUAAACAUCUCUGUUACCAUCACUCUGACGCUGGACCCACUCAGACCAUUUGGCGGAUAUUCCCGCAACGUCACACAUCUAAGUUCCACAAUUUUUGGACACCAAAUCGGACUCUCAGGCAGAGAAUCCCACGAGGAGAUAAACAUUACGUUCACCCUGCCGACUGCCUGGAAUUCAGAUGACUGCGUUCUUCAUGGUCACUGCGAGCAGGUUGUAUUCGCAACCUGCAUGACUGUGACAGCAGCCAGCAACGUGUUUCCUGUCACAGUUCAGCCACCACAUUGCAUUCCUGAAACGUACAGCAACGCUACACUUUGGUACAAGAUCUUUACCACAGCAAGGGACUCCAAUACAAAAUAUGCACAAGAUUAUAAUCCUUUCUGGUGUUACAAAGGAGCAAUUGGAAAAGUGUACCACGCUUUAAAUCCCAAACUAACUGUUAUAGUUCCAGAUGAUGAUCGCUCUCUAAUAAACCUGCAUCUCAUGCAUACCAGUUACUUUCUUUUUGUGAUGGUGAUUACAAUGUUCUGCUAUGCAGUUAUUAAAGGCAGACCAAGCAAACUGAGGCAAAGCAAUACAGAAUUCUGCUCCGAAAAGGUUGUUUUGUCAGAAGCAUAAUCCAUCCUCUUCUUUUACUGAGAAUGACUGAGAACCGUAAUCAUUGCCUGCUGAACCCAGAACGGGUCUUAACACUCUGUGAAUACAUUAUCUUGCAAUGUUGGUUUAUUCCAACCAAAGACAUUUCAAGUGCCUGUAAUUGAUUUGUACAUAUUUAUAAAAGUAUAUUCAGAAUAGGUCAGAUGAUGCACUUGUUCCGCAUUGUAGUGCGGCCAGAAACUUUCAGUCUUUACCUGUGGACAUAGCCGAAUGUUUGUGUAGAUAUGUUUAGUGAUAUGGCUACAUAUAGUCAGAGCAAGAUAUUUUUGUCUAGCUGCAUCUGGGCAGGUUAAGAUGCCUUUGCAAAUGUCUCAAACAAAACAAUGAAUCUUUGUUUUUUGCCCAAUGAUAUGUACAGUGUGUUUGAAACAGUAUGCACCUUUGAUAUAAUACUGCAUUUCCAGAGCCACCAAUCUACUACAUGAAUUAAAUGUGUAUUUGUGUGGCCUGAUACCUUCUUCCAUUUGCUCCUUGCUUGCAAGAAAAGAUAUGAACAUUUUUAGAUAUUUUUUUUGAAAAAAAGAAAUACAUAUACACAUUUUAAUAGUGCUGUAUUUAGGACAAACUUGUGCUUUUAUUCAUAGUAAAAACUUAAGAAGUGAAGUCCCAUUUUAAAAUCUUUCUUAUUGAAAACUGCUAAGUUUAUUAUUUUUUUUCCAUUUGGCCUGCUGAAUGCCGGAGAAUCAGUCAGCAUAGAGACUAUCUGGAAAGCUUUCUACUUGGCCUCCCAUCUGCAGUCCUCAAACCCAGAAUAUGCAUCUCUGCUGCAGAGCAGCUUUCUGUAAACAUUUUUUUUUUCUAGAAAGUGAAACUUGGUUAAAAGAUGCAUUGUAUUAACUGUCUGUUGGGGCUCUGCACAGCCUUGGGCAAGUGCAAAUAAUGGAAAAAAAAAGAAAUCCCAUAGUCUGUUACUGACUCUCACUUUGGGACUCUAUCCAUCUCUGAAGGGCAGCUGAAAAUGACACUUUAUUAGCUUAGUCCAAUUUCAAUUUAAUGCUGUGCACUCGGGGGAAGAUGAUGAGGAGUGAACUAGAACUGUUGUGAUUAAGGUCAGAGAGACCACACAGUAAAAUUCAUACUGUUCUCUG